AAAUAGAAAAAAGCAAGAGAGAGAGCCCUAAUAGCAGCAGAUCCAUCUGUGCAAGAGGUCCCCGUUCAUCUCUCUCGCUUCCAACACUGGCCUUUGCUCUUGCUUCUUCAAACCCUAGCUAGCUCGCUAGCGUUCUCUUCCCUUCCAACUCCACAAUGAAGCUCGUCAGGUUUUUGAUGAAGCUGAACAAUGAGACCGUCUCAAUUGAACUGAAGAACGGAACUGUUGUUCACGGAACCAUCACAGGUGUUGAUAUCAGUAUGAACACUCAUCUGAAAACAGUGAAAGGGAAAAAUCCAGUAACUUUGGAUCAUCUCAGUGUGAGGGGCAACAACAUUCGUUAUUACAUCCUUCCUGACAGCUUGAAUCUUGAGACUUUGCUGAUCGAGGAGACACCUAAGGUCAAACCUAAGAAGCCAACAGCUGGGAGGCCUCUGGGUCGCGGUAGAGGCCGAGGCCGUGGACGUGGCCGCGGCCGCUAAUCAUGUCUUGCUUGCUUAAAUUUUUGCAGCGUCUGGUUAUGUAAACACCUAUGUUGUAGCAAGAAUCUGCUGGUAAAGUUAGGAACAGUUAGAGAAUGCUACUGCAUUAUUUUGCUGUUUGCCUUGUGGAGGCAAAUUGCAGGACUCGAGUUUGUCUGUCGGUUAAUCCUUUUCAAAUUCAACCCGAAGAUCAAAAGUCAUGAGCUUACGUCAUGUUACUCUUCUGUAUCCAGUUUCAUUAACCAAUGCUGGAAUGCUAUCAUUCAUGGAACAUUCUGAUUUGAAUUACCUGCAUGUAGCGGAUACUAGUACUGCGCAACUGGAGCAAGUGGUUAAAAAAUCCACUUCCGGUGGCCUGAUUGAUGGCUCGAACCGUCUGAAUGUCUCUUUUAAUUGCUUAGUUGUGCUGCUGAUACAUAGCAAAGUUGGCUGACUGAUCAGAUGAUCACCUAAAACCCAUCUGCGCAUUCUUUCCAACUGCUGGCAAGGUUUAUCCUGAGAAUUGUUUCCGCUUAUUAUUGCAACUGCUAGUUCUUUCGUAUUAAAUCCUAGCAUGUUGUUUUUUCAUCCCAUUUAUCA